UUUUUUUUUUUUUGAAAGAGUUUAUUCAUCAAGAUCAUGUCUGAGGAAACACAAACAAAGAACAAUAAUCGAUUUAGAAAAGACAAACCCUGGGAUACUGAUGAUAUUGAUCAUUGGAAGAUUGAAGAAUUUAAACCUGAAUAUCUUGUACAGCCUUUUACUGAAGAAUCAUCAUUUGCAACACUUUUCCCUAAAUACAGAGAAACCUAUUUAAGAGAAUGUUGGCCUCUUGUUACUAAAGCUCUUGAAAAAUAUGGUAUUGCUUGUGUAUUAGAUUUAGUUGAAGGCAGUAUGACAGUAAAGACAACAAGAAAAGCUUAUGAUCCAUAUGCUAUUUUGAAAGCUAGAGACCUUAUUAAAUUAUUAGCAAGAAGUGUACCAUUUCCUCAAGCUGUUAAAAUUAUGGAAGAUGGUAUUGCCUGUGAUAUUAUUAAGAUUGGCAACAUCACUCGUAAUAAAGAAAGAUUUGUGAAGCGUAGACAAAGAUUGAUUGGACCUAAUGGUUCUACAUUAAAGGCAAUUGAAUUACUGACAAAAUGUUACAUGAUGGUGCAAGGUAAUACUGUAUCAGUUAUGGGACCUUAUAAAGGCCUUAAAGAUAUUCGUCGUAUUGUUACAGAUUGCAUGAAAAAUAUUCACCCCAUCUAUCACAUUAAAGAACUUAUGAUUAAGAGAGAACUUGCAAAGGAUCCAAAACUAGCAACAGAAUCUUGGGAUAGAUUUUUACCACACUUCAAGAAGAGAAAUGUCAAAUCAAAGAAGAAGGUGAUCGAAAAGCCAAAGAAGGAGUAUACCCCAUUCCCUCCUGCACCACAAAAAUCAAAGAUCGAUUUACAGUUAGAAAGUGGCGAAUAUUUCUUGAACAAGAAAAAGAACGAAGGAGGUGUAAAGAGAAAGAGAGGCGAAUAAUUUUUUUUUUUUUUUUAAAAAAUAAUAAAGAAAUAA